AUGCGCCGAGCGCCUCUAUUAUUAUUCGCGGUGCUCCGCCUUUGCGGAGCCAAGCCUCACAGCUUCAGCAUCCACGAAGAUGUGCUGGCGCACCCGGAGUUCGAGGUUAUCUUUGGGAACAAUGUCAUUUCCGAAAAAGAUGCCAAGUCGCUCGUCGAGCCUGCUUCUGAAUCAAUGGCUCAAACACGACGGACCGACGCCGCCGACGGACACGGCCAAGACGACAACAAUACCCCACUAUACACAUACGAAAUGGUCAACAUGGGCGACUACCGAGCGGUGUGUUCAAUACCAGUCAUUGAGCCCCCGCCAGCAGAGAACACGACGGCGACAGAAUUGGCCAAAGCAGAAGAGGCACGCGAGGAGAGCCGUGCCGUAGCCAGCGGAUGGGAGCUCAUUGCCGACCUGGAAGAUACAUGCCUAUACUAUGUGUCGGGGUGGUGGAGUUACUCGUUUUGCAGAAACACGGAGAUUGUUCAGUACCACGCUCUGGCGAGCAGCCCCAAGGGCCAGCCGCCAAAGCGCGACCUCCACUCGCCAGAAUACGUGCUCGGGAGGGUCCCCAGGGUCCCCUCGCAUGCGAACAGUGCAGGCUCGGCCAACGCGGUCGAAAAUGAAUAUGACCCCAUCCCGGCCGAGAUUCAGGAAAAGGGCAAGCAAAGGUACCUGGUGCAGAAGCUCGAGGGCGGUACGAUUUGCGAUCUUACGGAGAGAGAACGCACGAUCGAGGUUCAGUAUCGCUGCGUGCCGGGACUGCAAUCGGACAAGAUCAGCUGGAUCAAGGAAGUGACUAUUUGCGCCUACGUCAUGGUGGUUGAUACCCCGCGGUUGUGCAAUGAUGCUGCGUUUUUGCCCCCCGAGCCGAUGCAAGCCAAUGCCAUCACCUGCAAUAUAGUGUCUGACGAACCGUCGCUCCUGUUGGACUCAAAGAAAGAAGCUGACGAGACGGAAGAAGAAAGGGAAAAGGAUGAAACUGGCCAGCCUGCGGGGGGUGCAGAGGCGAUUGCGAACGCUGCUGCCACGGCGCUAAAGGAGCUACUCCGGGACACCGAGGACAGCGCCAAAGGCAGGCGAGCCGUGGUGGGAGAUAUACAUGUUGGUUCGCGCAGCAUUCUGUCAUUGGCAGACGAGGCGGGCCGCCCGUCGUUCAAGCUGACGCCGCCACGGAGCUUCAUGUCGACUGGUCUUGCGCAGGAACCUAAGCUUCACAUUAUUGUAGCGCAGGGCGCGAGCCUGGAAGACGGAGGGGAGGUGGAGUCGCUGUCGCGAGAAGAGAUCCGGAAGCUGAACAUGGACCCGGAAAAAGUAAAAGAAAUGGCUGCGCAGGUCCAAAAGCUCGCUGGUGACAAGGGAUGGCGCCUGGAGGUGACUAACUCUGGGUUGGCGAACGUGCGCGAGUUGAAGGGUUACAUUGACGAGCCUGAGGACGAGGAGGCGGAGAAGAAGGCCAAGGUAAAAGCGAAGCAGAAGCGGGAGAGCAAGGAAAAGGGGAAGAAGACAAACAAGUUGGAUGGUCAAAAGGAGAAGAGGGCGCAAACAGACGGCGAUGGGGAAGACGAGCCCAUGGCAACAAGAGAGCAAGAAGAACGAGGCGGCGAGGAAGAGACGGGGAAAGAAGAUGGCAGCCUGGAGGAAUAUUUUAAAGACGAGCUUUAG